GGGGGUGGAGAGUUGCGGCUAAACCGUUAUUUGUUUAGGUUCCGACAAUGACGUUUCUUUUACCGGCUUUAAGUGCGAAGCGAGACUACUGCCUAACUGAAGAGGGCGCCAUCUUGGUUCCUCCCUCUCUGACUUACGCAUGGCGUUGCGUCAGACGCACGUAAAGUUGUGUUGACAGGGGCGGCGGCGGCGGCAGGAGUUGUCAAAGGAACAGCAGCAACCAGCCUCAACGGACCCGAAUGGAGUAAAGUCAAAUCUAUUAUUUUAGACCGCGUUUGUGUUACAGCUCCCAAGCGCUUUUACACACCACUGAGGUAACAAACAUGGCCGACGAACAGUCCACCCAGGCCUGGACCAUUAACAGGGAUGACUACGAACUCAACGAGGUGAUAGGGAGUGGAGCCACUGCGGUUGUUCAGGCAGCAUACUGCAAGCCCAGAAAGGAGAAGGUGGCCAUCAAACGCAUCAACCUGGAGAAGUGUCAAACCAGCAUGGAUGAGCUCCUGAAAGAGAUUCAGGCUAUGAGCCAGUGCCACCAUCCAAACAUUGUGUCUUAUUAUACCUCCUUUGUGGUGAAAGAUGAACUGUGGCUGGUGAUGAAGCUGCUCAGUGGUGGCUCUGUGUUGGACAUCAUCAAGCACAUCAUCUCACGUGGCGAUCACAGGAACGGAGUGCUGGACGAGGCCAGCAUCGCUACGAUCCUGAAGGAAGUCUUAGAGGGGCUGGAGUACCUUCACAAAAACGGACAGAUUCAUCGAGACCUUAAGGCCGGAAACAUUCUUCUCGGAGACGACGGCUCGGUGCAGAUAGCCGACUUUGGUGUGAGUGCCUUUCUAGCCGCAGGGGGAGACAUGACGAGGAAUAAGGUUCGGAAGACGUUUGUUGGGACGCCAUGCUGGAUGGCACCGGAGGUGAUGGAGCAGGUUCGUGGCUACGACUUCAAAGCAGACAUCUGGAGCUUUGGGAUAACCGCUAUCGAACUGGCCACUGGGGCCGCGCCGUAUCACAAAUACCCACCAAUGAAGGUGUUGAUGCUGACUCUGCAGAACGACCCUCCUUGUCUGGAGACGGGUGUUGCGGACAAAGAAAUGGUGAAGAAAUACGGCAAGUCGUUCAGGAAGAUGCUCUCCUUGUGUUUACAGAAAGAUCCGGAGAAAAGACCAACGGCUGCCGAGCUGCUGAAGAACAAAUUCUUCACAAAAGCCAAGAACAAUGAGUAUUUGCAGGAAAAGCUCCUGAUGAAAGGCCCCACAAUAUCAGACCGAUCUAAAAAGGUGCGUCGCGUGCCCGGUUCGAGCGGCCGCCUCCACAAGACGGAAGACGGCGGAUGGGAGUGGAGCGAUGACGAGCUGGACGAAGAGAGCGAGGAGGGAAAAGCCGCCGUGGCCGCCCUGAGGUCACCCAGAGUGAAGGACGGCUCCCAAAACAUGGAGCUUUUCCCGCCAGCAGAUGGCGCCACCACGCAUCUGCAGCCUCCUGGAGCUGCACAUGAGAGACCAGCAAACCCGGCUGCAGCAGGAGAAGAAGCUCCGCCGCAGGCUGCCACCCAGCCGGCGAGCCCUUCGCACGCACCUGCGGUUCAGGAUCCUGCAGCCUCCAGCGUUCCCAUCAGCCUCGUGCUCAGACUGAGGAACAACAAGAAGGAGCUCAAUGACAUCCGCUUUGAGUUCAUGAGCGGCAGAGACUCUGCUGAUGGCGUCUCUCAGGAGCUGGUCUCAGCCGGUCUGGUUGAUGGGAGGGACUUGGUCAUUGUUGCUGCUAAUUUGCAAAAGAUUGUUGAUGAUCCUCAGAGUAACAAAAAUGUGACCUUUAAACUGGCGUCUGGUGUGGAGGAGUCCGAGAUUCCCGACGAUAUAAAGCUGAUCGGAUUUGCGCAGCUCAGCAUCAGUUAAGUUGGGCAGAGUGGGUGAAAUAAGACUGAAACGUAUGGUUUUGCACAGCUGCAUUGUAGUCAACUCCAAGGACCCACUACUGCCAAAGAAAGGAGACUGAGGAUGAGGAUGAUGAUGAUGAUGAUGACGAGGAGGAAGUGGAGUGAGGUUGGCAGGAGUGUGACUCUACUGCGGGAUGCACGAGGACCACACCAAGGGGCUCAGCUCAUCACAGGAACCACACUUGAAAUGUUUACAGUGCGCUUAUAGAGUUUAACGGGAGAGAAAAAUGCAAUCAACUAUCAUCAGCUCCUAAUUCGUUUUCCUUUUAGUCCUCCUCCGCGUACACAAGCACAAUCCAAACCAUCUCCUGCCAGUACUGGAAACUGAUGGCCUUUUUUUUUAAUUACAUUUUUUUUUCUCCGUUUUCUUUCUUUUUUUUUUUUUUUUUUUUGAAAUCGGUUUGUGCCACAAAGCUCGAGAGUGUCAUGCCACCGUCACGCGGCGCUUUCUGCUACACUGAAACUGAAAGUUCAGCCUUAGCUACCGUAAACGUCCCUCUCCCCCGAGUGUUUGGUAAACGCAGAAAUUACUUUCUUCAUAAAAAAAAAAAAAAAAAGAUCUAAGAGCGUCCCUCGAAGUUCGAUACUGCACCUAAACGCAUCGUAGCAAAGUUCUCGGAUCCGGACUCCUGUACGAAGCGGUCAGAAAUGGUGUCAAGAAUCGUAAAACAUCGGCGAGGAUUUCAGCACUGUUAAAACUUCUCAUGUGAGCAGCAGCAGAGGCUUCAAUUCUUCUUUUUUUUAUUUUUUAUAAAACACUUUGUCCAGUGGUAUUUUCUGAUGUCGUGCACACACGUUUAUUUUCUCUCACUGAGCUCUGCCUAAUAUUCUUCUACUAUGCAAUAGCGCUCUCUAUUUCACCACCGUUUGCUGUUUGUUGCUACUUUGUUUUUGCAUAAAACUGCAAUUUUCUUUUUUUUUUUUUUCUUUUUUUUUGUGCGUACGCCUCCAAAAAGGAGUUCAUUAAAGGUCAACCAGCAGAAAUAAGCAUCUUUAGAAACCUGCUGCAGAAAGUUACAAUACUAAUAACUCGACUCAUCAACAGUUUGACGUGUAGGAUGAUUACUGUCUUUUUUUUCUUUUCUGUAUGAAAUAAUUCAGCCUUGUGGCAACCGAUGACCUGACAGCUGCAGAGAAUCCUGAAUGCUGGUGACGGGUAUCGAGUCCGAGGCGGGUGUCGCGUUACACGCCGACUACGAGUGAACGUCUGUGGGGGCAUGCAUGCUAAAAAACUGGAAAUGUUCUUCCAACGUCAAAUAAAGCUCAUAGGGGGAGCUUACUCUCCUAGCUGUUGGAAUUGUCCUUUUCUAUGCGGUAGCUUUCAUUUUAUUGUUGUUUUAUUUUUAAGGUCUUUCUGUACUUCACCGCAAUUUAUUAGCUACCACAUGCAACCCAAAUGAAUACCAAGGCAUGGCUGUAUGCGUGAAAUCUGGUCGACACUUAUGGGAACUGAUGUCUUUAAAAAAUAGCAACAUGUCCUAACACAUACCUGAGUAGCAACAGGAAUUUAUGCACAAAAUGCAAAUGUACAUUACGCUCGUACUUUUAACCCUCCUGCAGUCUGUGAAUGGUUCCAUGUGCGCUUUCACGAGGCUAUUUUUGUGUGUGUGUGUGGUUUUGGGUACUGACGGUCUGACGGAACAAACCUUCCCCACUGAAGGGACAUUGGCUGCGUUCCUCCUGAGCGCCGCCCUAAAGCUAGGUUCAUGGUGAGCUUGCACGAGUAGGUACGCACCUAACGUGUUUACCCGCCGCGAUGCCAUGGUGCCUUGUCGCGCACUUCUUUUUGCGUGCAGAUUGCGCCCGUCACCUUACAGGCAAACUGGAAGAUCUUGAAGGUGCUGCUGGAGAGCAGGUCGCCCUGCAUUGGCAUUUAUAUGAACCCUCUUUUGGAGGCUCAUUUUAGGAGAAUGCGGCGUCAACGUAUGAGUCGACCUGAAACACCAAACCGCUGACUUGGCACGCGAGCGCUCGACGCAAACCUUCAAGACUGCGAGAGGGCUAAAGUAUCCCGCCUGUCCUCAAACUUAAUUUUCCAACAACAAAAUCCUAACUCUUGUCACGCUGCAGUAUCAAAGCUGCAGCGUGUGUUUUUGUUCUGUGCCUGGCGGUGUUUUCUCUGGUUUCUGUAUCAACCAGUCAGUGCUGAUGUUCACAAGGAAAGAUGGGACAGAUUUGUUGACCCCUUCUGUGCAAAAAGCAUGAAGUCAUUUUUGUAUCUCUUCCAUUAACCGAAACUGUUGCAGAAUUAUUUUCCGAAUAGUCCAGAAAAAUUACAACUUUAAUUUGAGUACAUUUAUGCAAUGAUAAAAAACCAAAAACACAAUAAAAAGUUAGUCUAAGCUUUUUUUAAAUUUAUCUUUACACUUUUAAGUUGAUCAGACUUUUUAGGAAUUUUAUAUUAUAAUCUGACUUAUUGCAUUUCUGGGGUGUAAAUAUAAAAUGACAGAAAAAUGCAAAUGCGAUACGUUAUACGGAUAUUGCCAAUAUUGACUCCAAAACGUUAAGUAUGAUGCACCAUCAAACUUCUAAACUUUAGAAAUGUUUAGUUUUUUCUUUUAAUGAUUUAGUAUAAACAUGCAGAGGAAUUUUGAUCACGUUUAUAGGUGUCUACAAAAUGCUUUAGUAGCUGCCUGUUAUGUAUAGAAUAGAUUUUAAGAUUCUUUUAUUAACUUAUAAAGUUCUAAAUGGGCUAGAUUCUCAUCCAGACUGUGGGAGAUGAAAAAUCUGCCUGUGUCACAUUGUAUUUAUACUCCCGGUAAUAACUUACUACAAUUGGAUUAGUUUUUAGAGGUUCCUGGAAACCUUGAUCAACUUAAAGUAUAAAUAAAUAAAUAAAAAAUACUUCAGUCCCAAUUAUAUAAAGAUGAUUAUUAGCUUCUUGGCACAAGAUUUAUCACAAUUAAAUUUACGUAACGUUUCAACAAAACAAAAAAAAAAGAUUUGGCUACAUCAAUAAAAGAUCCAUUUGUUUAAAGGUUUUCUUCAUCUCUUUACUGUAACAUUUAUCAAAUUAGUCCUUAUCUGUGUACAAUUGUUAAACAUAAGUACGUUGCUCUUUUCAGUCCCUUCAUCUCCAUUGAAAUAGUAAGAAGGGAAGUUUAAUCUAAAACCAUCUGAAAUCCAAAUAUUUUCAGCAUCCAGUGAAUUAUUAUUUGAAACAUCUCAGAGGCCACUUGCUGUAGUGCUUGGAAGAUUUUUUUUAUUAUUAUUAUUUUAUUUUUCCAGUGAAAAGUUUUAGGGUCACCAACGCCGUUGAUGUCUUUUGUUUUGUUAUCCAAAUACUGAGGCUCUCGGGUCGGGUGCUGAUAGGUGCUGAUGUAAAUGCUGUGUAGAGAGAUGUUGUAAAUAAGACGAGGAAACUCGCGCACGCUUUCGGGUUUCUGUGUACUGAUGUGGGAAUGCAGUGAAGGGGACAUUUUUCUUGUAAAUACAAAACAGAGAAAAAAAUUCAGCAUUGUUCGGGGCACAGAGUUGGAUUUGGCAGAGCGUCACUAAUCAGGCAAAUAUUAAUAGUUCAGUUAGCGCCUUAUGUUUUUUUUUUUUUUGCUUGAUUUGAAAUUGUUUAGAGCCUUUAACAAAUUGUUCUGCUUUUUUUCUUCCCGGGAAAAAGGAUUAACCAAAUGCCAGUUUAUGUGAGUGUGUGUGCGUGCGUGCGUGCGUGCGUGCGUGUGUGUGUGUGUGUGCGUGUGUGUGUGCAUUGAUGAAAUGACUGAUCAGACGUUUGUAUCUCUUUCAUUAACAGAAAGCAAAUGUUGCCUCUAUGUGAGGUCGCUAAGUGAUCAGAAUUGGUCCAUAUUCCUAUUUCAGCAUCUUCUACGUUGUACAUUUAAAUUUUUCUGCUUGACCUUGAACGACUCUCCCAUACAUUCAGAAUUUAAAGCAAAAUGUUUGCAGUGCGAUGCGAUGGAGGGCCCUCACAGGUCUGUCCACGUUGGUUGACACACGAGCUGAUUUGAAGUGUUUGAAUAAAGUCACGAUUGGUUUAAA